UCUCAGCCAGUGCUGGUUCGAUCGUAUUCCCCCGGCGUCGACGAGUCUCAGUCAUUUCGAAAUAUGCCAGACUCGGUGCCGCGGCAAAUUGAAAUGCCCUCUGUCGAUGACUUCAAUAUUGAAUCUAUUCUACGCGCAAUCGAGCCUGAUAUCCGCAGCACUCUAGAUUCCAUUGCAGAGAUCUGUGGCAGGAGUAGAUUGAGUCUUGCCAACGAAUAUGAAAGCCACAUAGCCCCAUUUGGCGAAAUUCCUGCUCCUGGUGGCUUAGUGACUGUUGAAGAAGCUAGCUUACACAGCGAAAGGCUUGCAAGUUUAAAUGACAAUGCUGUGGUUGCCGAUGGUGAGAGCGGACAAUACAACUCAACACUUGGGUUGUUAGAGAACUUGAGACAGACAGCAUUUGCAACGGGCUAUCAGCGAGUUUCUCGAAUACAAGCUGGGGAUCAAGUCAAUCCUGAAUCAUCAAGAAGGCAAAAUACUAUUAGCUUAGAGACAAGUCCAUCAUUGAUCCCAGUGGUAAAGAUCGAGGCGUUUUCAAAGGCACCCAAGCCAGCCGGCAAGGAUCUAUUAGCAUCAGCUUCUACACCAUCCAAAACUACUACUAAGCAACAGUCAUCAAUUACCUCCCCAGCCCUUCUAUCAGAAACGCACUUUGAAGCGCAAGGGGGCAGGUCGUCAUGGCCGUCAGUUCCUCCUGAUACGCCACAGAGCUCACCUAUACUUCAAUCAUCUGCUUUUCCUAUCAAUGGGCCAGGCAGUCACCACAAUCGACUGGUCGAUAAGACCUCUUUCAUCGCGGAAGUACAAGGCUGGUUAGGCUGGCUGAAGACUAUCGUUCAGCGUGAGAAAACCAACCAGCAGAGAAUUUAUCCACAAUUCCAUUCCGCGGAAUUAACUCUGCGUGCAGUCUUGGAAAGGGACCAGGAUCGAGCUAUUGCCGUCCCGAGUGCUUGA